CCCCACCACCAAAUCUGCGCUCAGUUCCAAAUCUCCCUCCAACUCCUCGCCCCGCUCUCACUCCCGAUCCGCCCGCCCGUCCAUGGACCGCCCCCUCCGCUCCCCGGCGCGCCGCUCCGCCGCCCCGCGCGCCGAAGAGCGCCUGCGCAGCAGCCCGCACCGCUUCCUCCGCCCGGGCGCGCUCGCCCGGCUCCGCGACUCCAAGGUCCUCGCCCGCUCCCUCCGCUCCGCCGCCGCGUCGCGUAUGCUCCCGCCGUCCUCCUCGCCUGCUCGGCCCCCGCCCCCCGCCUUCGUGGCCGGAGACGGUGGCAGCGGCGUGCCGUGCUUCCUUGGGGCGGCAAGGGGGAUGCGGUACCCGCUCCGGAAGAAGCUGGCCGCGGCCAGGAGUGUGGUGUUCCUGCCGCCGCAGACGGACACCGCAGAGUUGUUCGUCGAUUCGUUCGCGUCGGCGCCGUCGGACCUGGUCGCCGCGCACUGAGUCACUGACUAAUUGCUCGGUGCUCGUCUGUUAUUUAGGCUCUAGAUAUAAUGUGCAGAUGGAUUCGGUCCCGUUUCUAGCUUUUGGAGAUGUAAUCUUAUAUUGUUGAUGUCAGCGUAGAAUUGUAGAUCGUUGCAUCUAUGGUUUGCAUGUUGAGUUCAUUUUAGAAUUGUAGAUCGUUGCAUCUAUGGUUUGC